UGGCUGAGAGAGCGAUGGACUCAAAGAUGGCCAACACUUGUGCCAACGCUAUGACAACAACACACCAAUUGAUCCCAUUUUAAGACAUCCAACACUAUAUCUGUGAUAAACUGUGUUCACAACCACUACCGCAACGCCUAUCACCUGAAGCGGAUCCGUGCAAUCCAUGGCCGACAAAGACAUGAUGUGUUAGGCUUUUGGUGGACACGAAAUGUACGAAAAGAUGUCUCGGAAUGAGAGCAAUAUCGAGGACUGCGAGUGGUAUUGGGGAGACAUAUCUCGAGACGAGGCGCACGAGAAGCUGAGAGAUACCAAAGACGGUACUUUCCUCGUGAGGAACGCCUCCGACAAGAGUUCGGGCGAAUACACGCUUACACUGCGAAAAGACAGUACAAACAAAUUGAUAAAAAUAUGUCACAAAAGUCAAAUGUACGGCUUCUCCGAACCGCUGAGGUUUGCAUCGGUGGCCGAACUCAUCAAUUACUACCGAAAGGAAUCUCUGUCUCAAUACAACCAAACACUAAACGUCAGACUUUUAUACCCGAUCUCAAGGUUUAAUCAAACGGAGACAGACAUCGAGACGAGUGAUAUCUCGAACGUAAGCUCCAAACUGAAUGAAAUCAACAAUGAGUUCACCAGAAAGACCGAAAUGUACGACCAGUACAACGACGACUACAACCGAACCGCUCAAACCAUUCAAAUGCAGAAACAGGCCAUUGAAUCCUAUAACGAGUGCAUCAAAAUGUUUGAGAAACAGUUGGAAGUGAACACUAAGCUCCAGAACGAAUCGCUCGCCCACGAGAUCAGCUCAAUGCAAGACCACUACCAGAAGUUAGUCCUCAAACUGAAUGCUUUGAUCGAAAACCGAACCAAUUUAGAGAAGGAAUUGAAGACUUCAAAGGCUUACCACAAACUCGUGGAUCAGGAAAUGAAUUGCAUUAAACCAAUGCUCCAACAGUUGGGCAAACAGAGGACUAUUUACCAAAGACUGUUGGAGACGAAUAACGGCGGAGCGCUUCCGCACCACAACGACAGCGCGUGGUUUAUACGCGACUGCAAACGAGAAGACGCCGAACACCUGCUCCGCGAUCGACGCGACGGCACUUUCCUCAUCAGAAACAGCCGAACCUCCGGUCAGUUCGCGCUCUCCAUCAUGAAUGAGGGCAAAGUAUGUCAUUGUCUUAUUUACCAUAAGGACACUGGAUUUGGUUUCGCCGAACCAUUCAAUAUCUAUCCAACUCUCGUCAGUCUUGUUCUUCAUUACGCGCAGACAUCGCUUGAAGAGCACAACGAUUUACUUCACACGACACUCGCUUAUCCUGUUUUCGCAAAUACUGUCAGUCCUGUAAAUACUAGUAAUGGAAAGUAACCGUCACUUCCAUCAGUCUUUUAGUUGUAUUUUUUUGUUAUUUUCGAUCAAAUUUUGAUUUUAUUCAAAAUCUGUUUUGUUUUUCCUGUGAAAUAAAUUCUAAAUGAUAUUUUAAAUUGAAUUUUAAUAAUGUUUUUAUCGUAAAACAAAUAAAUAUAUAUUGAUAAAUGAAAA